AGAAAAGUCUUUCAUCUUCUGUAUGACUAGUGGUUUUUGGAUCACUGUCAAUUCCACUAUCUUCCAUCACAAAAUAAAAAUGUAUUGUAAACUAAAGAUCAAAUCUCUCAAUUCAUCUGAAAUGAAGUUGGAUAUUAAGUAAGUUUUAAUCCAAGAAUCAUGCGUCCAUCACUAGUAAAGAGAACACUUUCUAAAGUGGCAGAGGUAUCGAAAGAACCAGCAAGACAUAUAAGCUUCUUGAAGAGCCGUAUGGACCUAGGUGGUGGUGAUAUGGAUUGGUUACGAGGAAGAGUUUUCUUAAAACCAGAAGAUCAACUAGUAUUAUCAGAUGCAGAAUUACAAGAAGAGAUUGCAAGAGUUCUGACUAUACAUAACACAAGAGUUCCAGAUUCUCUAGUUGAGUGGUCAUGGAAAUUAAAAAGUUUCAUAUUAUUACCUCCUCCACCACAUUUAAUAACUGUUCUAAGUGUUCCUGGAUCGAUAUUGCAUAAAGAUUCUGAAGAAGCUAGAAUACAAUUGGCAGGAGGACUUGUUGUGGAUACUCCGUUUGAAGAAGCCAUAUUACAUGAUGAUGAGGAAGAAAGAGAAGAAGAGGAAGAAGAUGAAGAAGAAGGAGCAGAUGUUGAAGAGCAAGAAGAACAUGAACCUGAACCUGACCAUGAAGAUGAUCAUGAAGAAGAAAGAGUAAAACCAAAAAAAAUACCAAAUCAAUUUAACUUUUGUGAAAGAGCUGCUUUAACUUAUACCAAUCCUAUGCGAGAAAUGAGUACCCAAACAAUACCACCUCCAACAGAGACAUUUAAUACCCAUGUUUUUCAAUGGACAAUCUUUGAUGAGUAUCAGGAAGAUUUUGCUCAACAACAACGUGAAAAAGAAAGAGAAAGAAGAAUUCCAUUUCUACAACUGAAGAAGGAGGAUAUGAAGAAAAAAGCUCAAACUGAAUCCACAGCAUUAACAUGUAGAAUGUUACAAGCUGCAAAAACAUUGGAACGAAUGGUAAAUCAAAAUAUUUUUGAUGAAAUAGCGCAAGAUUACAGAUAUUGGGAUGAUCCAAGUGAUGAAUUUAAAGUUGGAGAAGGUUCAUUACUACCUUUAUGGAAAUUUCAUUAUGAAAAAACCAAGAAACAUGAUGUUACAGAUUUAUGCUUCAAUAGUAGAUAUUAUGAUUUAUUUGCAGUUUCAUAUGGGACAAUGUCAUUUAGUAAUUCGAUAAUAGAUGGAACAGUAUGCUUAUUUAGUUUAAAAAAUCCAUCAUAUCCAGAGUGGAUCUGUCCAACAGAAUCUCCCGUAAUGUGUUUAGACUUCAGUGAACAACAUCCACAUCUUUUAGUUAUUGGUACUAUGGAUGGUGCUGUUGCUGUUUAUAAUAUUAUGUUGCCACCUACAGCCCCUCAAUAUAGAAGCAAUGAUGUUGUUCAAAAACAUGGAGGUAUUGUGUGGGAGGUACAUUGGGCACCAGACACGGAAGAAGGUAAUUUAGCAUUCUACAGUGUUAGCAUUGAUGGAAAAGUAAACUACUGGAUAUUAAGUGAAAAUAAUCUUGGUUUGACAACUGUGAUGACCCUUUUUUUGGACAGACCACCAAUACCUGGGCCAGAUGGUACAAUAAUUACACUUAAGGGUUGUGGAACAUGUCUAGCAUUUCACCCUGCAGAUCAAAAUGUAUUCUUAGUAGGAACAGAAGAAGGAACAAUUUAUAAGUGCAAUACAGCAUAUAGUAGUGUUUAUAUGAGAACUUAUAAUGAAGCACACAAUAUGCCAGUCUACCGGAUAGUAUUUAAUAAAUUCAAUUCCAGCAUAUUUGCAAGUUGUUCUGGUGAUUGGAGAAUAAAAAUAUGGGAAGAUGAUAGGAUGGAACCCUUAUUUAUGUUUGAUCUUGGCGUUCCCAUUGGAGAUGUUCAAUGGGCACCAUAUAGUUCAACAGUAUUAGCUUGUGUUUCAAAUGAUGGGAAAGUUACAGUAUUUGAUUUGAAUGUAAAUAAAUAUCGACCAAUAUGUAGUCAACCAGUUGUUAGCAGAAAAAAAUAUAAACUAACUAGACUUGCAUUUAACAAUAAAUUACCAUUCAUUAUAGUGGGCGAUGAUAAAGGUACCAUAAAUACAUUGAAAUUGUCACCAAACCUUAGAUUAAAAGUAAAACCAACUAAGAGGCAACUUCAUUUGACACAUAGAGAAUUAGAAAUUAUGAAAUUAGAAAGAUUAUUAAGUUUUGUACGUGAACCAGCUAUUUUACCACCACCAAAAGAUAUAAGGGUAGAAAUCUAAGUCAUAUUUUUAAUCACAAAUAUAUUUGC